AUGGAAGAGAACAAGCAGGAUGGUGAGAAGAAGGAGGAGAGCUCGUCUGGUCCGUCGAAUGAGUCUGUUCUCAAGGAGGCCAAGGAGGUGGCUCAGGAGGGAGCCAAGGAAGAAAAGACUGUUAGCAAGGAGGUUGAUGCAGCCCUCAAGGCUCUUAAGGAAGAUGCCAAAUUGGCUGCCAGUACUGCUGCCGAUAAAGCCGAUCCUUCGUCUCCCGAACAUAUCAAAAAGAAGGAGGAGGAGAAAGCUGAGAAGGCUGAGAUCCAUGACACCGGUGUGAUUGAGACCACAGAGAAGGAGCGUCUUCUGUACUUUGACAAUGUUAUCAUGGCCACUCCGUCCUUCAUGCUGGGCGACCAUUUCCCCUCAUGGUUGCUGAAUCGAUCUGAAGAACGAGUCAAGGAUGUGAUUCGAAAGUAUGCUAUUCCCCCCGGCUUGCGAGUGGACUUCAACUCGGUCAUUCUGAGACCCAAGGAUGGAGGAGCCUUUGUCAGAUAUACUUUGCGAGAACACACGGGAAAGUACGGCACUCCUCGAGAAGCCGAGGCUGCCAUCAUCAACCAGCUUAAGAAGUCUGACUACCGACCGUGGUUCGACCCUUUCCGAACAUGUCGCGUGUUCACAGUCAAAGGUGUGCCCUGGAUUGAGGACCUGAAACGAAUUCCCAACAAGACUCUCAAAAUCUGGUUCGAGGGCCCCACUCUGUCUCAGGAAGAACUGUACUCUCUGUUCCGUCGAUAUGGAUAUAUUGACAAUAUCGUCCCUCCUGAUGCGGCUAGCAAGGACCCCAUUGUGUUUGCCAAGGUGAUCUACUCGUGCAAGGGUUCGUCGACAACCGCCAAGAACUGUCUGAACGGAAUGUCUGUUAACGACAAGACCAUUCUGCACAUUACAUUUGCCGACCAUCGGACCAAGUUGUCGUAUCUGAAGGACUUUAUCGUCAACCAUACGCGUAUCUCCAUUCCCAUUCUGUUGGCUCUGUUAGCAACUGUUUCUCUGUGGAUCUUCGACCCCAUUCGAAAAGAGUCCAUCAAAAGCAAGAUCCAGCCCAUCAUCAACCUCGACAACAACAUCUUCUACGUACAGACUAAGAACAUUCUGAAACCCAUCUGGAGCUGGCUAUGGUCUUGGAUCGUCAUCCAUCCCCGACCCACUGCCAAGAAAGCUGGCACUCAGUUGCACCAGCUGUGGCCCGAACGUUUGUCUGCCAUUGAGGAUGUCAAGCAGUGGCUUCAGGAGAAUGUCAACACCUUCAUUGUCGUUAAUGGUCCUCGAGGUUCUGGAAAACAGGAGCUAGUUAUGGAUUACGUUCUAGCUGACCGGAAGACCAAUGGAGGAGGACGUGGCAAGAUUCUGUCCAUUGACUGUGCCGACCUGGUCAAGGCGCGAAACGACCCCGAGUUUAUCACUACCGCUGCCCAUCAGCUUGGCUACUUCCCAGUGUUCCCCUGGAUGAACAACAUUUCUUCGUUCAUUGAUUUGGCCAUCCAGGGCCUUACUGGUCAGAAGGGUGGUUUUUCGGAGACAACCGAGGCUCAGUUCAAGAGCAUGCUCGGUAUUGCUUCAGCCGCUAUCGCCGACAUUGCUCUGUCCAACCAUAACAAGGAGGAUCAUGCCAAGAACCAAAUUACUAGAAAUAGCGACUAUCUUCAGAGCCAUCCCGAUGCCAAGCCUGUUGUUGUCAUUGAGCACUUUUUGGCCCGAACAGACCGAAACCAGUUUGUGUACAAGCAUCUGGCUGAGUGGGCAGCUUCGUUGAUCCAGUCUAACACUGCCCAUGUCAUCUUCAUCACCUCCGACGUGACUUUCCAGAAGGUGUUGUCGGCUGCUCUACCCAACCAAAUCUUUAAGACGGUGCAUGCAGGAGACGCCUCUGCGCAGUCGGCCCGAGACUUUGUGAAGCAGCAAAUGGACGAGUUCAAGAAGGCGAUUGAGGCUGCUCGUCAUCUGGUUGAGGAGAACAAGCAUCAGAAGGAACGGGUGGAGGCACUGGUGGAUGAGGAGCCCUCCCUUGAAGAGAUGCUUCAGCACCACCGAACCGAGCUAGAAUACGAGCGAGAGAAACGGGAGCGAGAGGGAAAGAUUGACGAUACUCUGGACGAGAUUAUCAAGGAAGAAAAGGUGAUUGAGGAGCGAGAUCGAGCCGAGUGGGACGCCACGUCUGCUGCUCAGCGAGAAGACGAAAAAGUGUCUCCUUUCGAUCCCGAUGAGUCCACUGCUGGCGUCGAGGCCGAGAAGGAAGAGAACAAGACUGACGGUGAUGGAGAGCCUGCUACUAAAGACAAUGGCAAGUCAGACGAACAGAACAAGAACGACACUAUCACCAGCUGGAAGGCUCUGAUUCCCCCUGGAACCGACGAGGCUACACUUGCGGAAAUCCCGAUUCCUGAUCUCACAGAUCUCGACGAAGCUCUCAGUCCUCUGGGAGGCCGAAUGACCGAUCUGCAGGCUUUCAUCCGACGACUCAAGUCAGGGGACACUCCCCGAGAGGCUCUGCGAGGAAUGAUCACUCAGUCCGCUACUGAAAUCGUGCAAAUGUUCCUCAUGAAGGACAAUGCUCAGUGGACCAAGGAACAGGUGUGGUGCCUGAUGAAGAAGGUGUGCAAGGACAGUGGCAACGGCGUGUCCAUUGCCGACCUCAUGGUCACUGAGCCCAUGUUUAAGGGAGCUCUCAAGCCCCAAGGAGAGUCGGGAGAAUCCACUAUCGGAGCUCUCGAACGAAGUGAAAUGGUUACCGUGGUCACUAGAGACGGAAAGCCCACCUACAUCAAGGCAGGCAAGCCUCUGUACCGAGCUGCGUUCCAGUACAUUUUGUCCGACAAAACCUUCUCUGCCAUGAUUGAGACCGGUUUCCUGGAGAGCCAGAUGAAGCUCCAGAACGACAAAAUCGUAAAGUACGAGGAGGAGCUGCGGCUGCUAGCCAAGUUUCCUUCAAAGUGGGGAGACGACGUCAACAUCCGAGUGAGAUACCUAAUUGACAAGAUGGCGGCAUGCCAGCAGAAGAUUCAGAAAUUUGAGAUCCAGCUGGCAGAGACUAAGAAGACCUUUGCCAAGAAUGAACAGCCCAAGAGCUGGUGGAAGUGGUAA